AUGUCCAACUCUUCAAGUGACAGUCGCUAUGAGGAAAAGCCAUAUGGUGGCGAAAACGAUAUCGCUGACAAGGAAUCAAGAGAUGAGUUUGAACAGGAACAAGACUUAAUUAGGGUUGUUUCACAAGAUGGUAUCAAUAAGGUCUUGACUAGAUUUGAAAGUCUAGCAAGAACAAUCUCUAAGAAAAACUUUAAAGAGUUCCCAAUGGCUAUUGAUCCAAAUGAUUUUGAUUUGCAAACCAUCUUGGGUGCUUUUGUUAAUGAUACCACUGAAAGAGGAUUGAAGUUGAGAACCGCUGGUAUUACGUUUAAUAAUGUUUCUACUAUUGGUAAAGAUAACAGUGUUGCUUUUGCACCAACUUUAGCGGAUCUUGCUUCUGCUCCAUUGGAUUUGUUCAAGAAAUCACAAAAUAGAAAAUUGAUCAAAAACAUUAAUGGUUUCGUGAACUCUGGUGAAAUGUUGUUAGUUUUGGGUAGACCAGGUGCUGGUUGUUCAACUUUCUUGAGAACUAUUAGUGGUGAAACUCAUCAUUAUGUUGGAACUGAAGGGGAAAUUUUUUACAAUGGUAUUCCACAAGAUGAAAUGGUUAAAAACUUCAAGUCAGAUUUGAUCUACAAUCCAGAACAUGAUGAACAUUUUCCUCAUUUAACUGUUGAACAAACCUUGAAAUUUGCUGUUGCCUGCAGAACACCAAACACCAGACCAAACGCUUCAACUCGUGAACAAUACAUUUCCAUUAUGGUUGAUUUAUUAGCCACUGUUUUUGGUUUAAGACAUACAUAUCAAACCAAAGUUGGUAAUGAUGUCUUCAGAGGUGUUUCUGGUGGUGAAAGAAAGAGAGUUUCCAUUGCUGAAGCUUUAUCAGCUAGGGCUGCAGUUUAUUGUUGGGAUAAUGCCACUAGAGGUCUUGAUGCUUCAACUGCUUUAGAAUAUGCUCAAGCUAUUAGAACAACCACCAAUUUGAUGAAGUCAGCUUCGUUUGUCACUAUCUACCAAGCUUCUGAAAACAUUUACAACUUGUUUGAUAAAGUUACAGUGUUGUAUGAAGGUCGUCAGAUCUAUUUUGGUCCAGUUCAUAAAGCUAAACAAUAUUUCAUCGACAUGGGAUAUGAACCAUUGAAUCGUCAAUCCACUACAGAGUUUUUAACUUCAGUUACUGAUCCUCUUGGUCGUUUUGCUAGAGAAGGUUAUGAGCAUAAGGUGCCUCACACACCUGCUGAAUUUGAAGAAUAUUGGUUGAAUUCACCAGAAUACAAAGUCUUGCAAACCUCAAUUGCUCAAUACAAAUCUACUGCUAGUGCUGACGAAACCAAAAGAUUGUUCAAAGAAUCAUUGGCCCAUGAAAAAGCCAAAUAUUCUAAAAAGAACUCUCAUUAUACAAUCAGUUAUCCUGCUCAAUUGAAGUUGUUAACAAAACGUGGAUAUCAAAGAAUUAUUGGUGAUAAAGCUUUUACUACAAUUCAAAUCUCAAUGUCCAUUAUUAUCUCAUUGGUUCUUGGUUCAAUGUUUUAUGAUUCUCCUGAUUCAACAGCUGGUGCUUUUUCAAGAGGUGGUGUUAUUUUCUUUAGUUUGAUCUUCUUUGUGUUUUUAGCUAGUGCUGAAAUCAUUAUUUCAUUUCAAAACCGUCCAAUCAUCCAAAGACAUAGAUCUUAUUCGUUCUACAGUCCCAGCGCUGAAGCCAUUGCUGAUUUGCUCACAGAUUUCCCUUUGAAGAUGGUUACAAUCAUUGUUUUCACAAUCAUUUCAUAUUUCCUCGCUGGAUUAAAGAGUGAUGCUGGUGCUUUCUUCAACUUUUUAUUGUUCUUCCUACUCACUGUCUUCAUUGCCAAAGUUAUGUUCAAUGUGGUUGCCACAAUUUCACCAACUGCAUCAUUGGCUAAUUCUGUUGGUGGUGUUUUGUUAUUGGCCAUUGCUUUGUACUCUUCAUUUAUGAUUCAAAUUCCUUCCAUGCAUCCUUGGUUUGUUUGGAUUGCUUAUAUUAAUCCUGCCAUGUAUGGUUUUGAAUCAAUGGCACUUGGUGAGUUCCAUGGGAGAAAAAUGGAAUGUUCUCCCGAAUAUUUGAUUCCAUCUGGUCCAGGUUAUGAAAAUGUUGAUAGUGCUAAUCAAGUUUGUGCAUUCGUUGGUUCUGAACCAGGCCAACCAUGGGUUAGUGGUGAUCGCUAUUUGGAUAUUUCAUUCGAAUAUACUUAUGGUCAUAAUUGGAGAAAUCUUGGUAUUUUGAUUGGAUUUGCUUUGUUCUUUACUGUUUGUUUAUCUGUCUUUGCUGAUUUGAUGAAAUUUGGAGAAGGUAGUGGUGAUAGAUUGUUGUUUAAGAAAGGUAAACUACCUGAUGAGUUUGUCAGAUCAUCAAGCUCAAGUACUGAUGAAGAAGCUGGUCCAGUUGAUGAUAACUUGGUUCGUACUAGAAGCACUAAGAAGAACUUCUUGAAAGAUGAAGAUUUAAGUACUGCUGAUAUUUUCAGUUGGAAAAACUUGGAUUACACUAUUAAGACUAAAGAUGGGAACUUGAGAAAAUUAUUGGAUAAUGUCCAAGGUUAUAUUAAACCAGGUCAAUUAGUUGCUUUGAUGGGUGAAUCAGGUGCUGGUAAAACCACCUUGUUGAAUGUGUUGUCUCAAAGAAUUGAUAUGGGUGUUAUCACUGGUGACAUGCUGGUUAAUGGUGCUCCAAUUGAUAGUACUUUCAAGAAGAGAACUGGUUAUGUUCAACAACAAGAUUUACAUCUUGAUGAAUUGACUGUCAGAGAAUCAUUAGUGUUUGCAGCUAGAAUGAGAAGACCAGCUAAUGUUCCAGAUGCUGAGAAGUUAGACUAUGUUGAAAAGAUUAUCAAAAUCUUGGAUAUGGAAUUGUACGCAGAUGCUAUUGUUGGUCAGAUUGGUGAUGGUUUGAAUGUUGAACAACGUAAGAAGUUAUCUAUUGGUGUUGAAUUAGUUGCUAAACCAUCAUUGUUGUUGUUUUUGGAUGAGCCUAGUUCAGGCUUGGACUCACAAUCAUCUUGGGCAGUUGUUCAAGUGUUGAGACAUCUUGCAGAAGCUGGACAAGCUAUCUUGUGUACUAUCCAUCAACCUUCAGCUACAUUGUUUGAACAAUUUGAUAGAUUAUUGUUGUUGAAGAAAGGUGGUCAAACAGUUUAUUUUGGUGAUAUUGGUGAGAGAUCUAGAACUUUGUUAAAUUACUUUGAAAGAAAUGGUGGAAGACCAUGUGGUGAAUUGGAAAACCCUGCUGAGUAUAUUUUGGAAUCUAUUGGUGCCGGUGCUACAGCUGUUGUUAAUGAAGACUGGCAUGAGAAAUGGGAAAACUCACCAGAGUAUAUCCAAGCUUCCACUGAAAUUGAUGAGAUUAACAAAGAAGGUUUACGUUUAACUGCUACUACUACUGUUACUGCUUCAGAAGAUAAGUACUUACAUUCAACUUAUGCUACUUCUUGGUUUUCUCAAGUUAAACAUGUUUAUUUUAGAACAAAUUUGCAAUUUUAUCGUGAUCCAACUUAUAUGUUUGCCAAAAUUGGGCUAUACACUUUAGGUGGUUUGUUUAUUGGUUUUACAUUUUGGGGAUUAAAGCACUCCAUCAUUGGUAAUCAAAAUGCUCUUUUCGUUGCAUUUUUAGCUGUUAUCAUUUCCAACCCAUUGUUGAAUCAAAUCCAAGAAAGAUCUAUGAAAUCAAGAGUUGUUUAUGAGGCUAGAGAAAGAAUGAGUAAUACCUUCCAUUGGACUGCUUUAAUGGUGUCACAAAUUUUGACUGAAAUUCCAUACAACUUUUUUGGUUCAACCAUUUACUUUUUGUGCUCAUAUUUCCCAUUAAGAAUAUAUCAAAAUUCAACAUUGACAGGAAAGUUCUAUUUCAUGGUUUCAAUCAUCUAUCAAAUUUAUAUUUGUACAUUUGCCAUUGGUAUUUAUUAUGUUUCUCCAGAUUUACCAUCAGCUGGAUUAUUGGGAUCUGUUGUCACUGUCUUCAUGUUUGCCUUUGCUGGUGUUUUACAACCUUAUUCAAAUCUUCCAGGAUUCUGGCGUUUUAUGUACAGGGUUUCACCUAUCACUUAUGUUGUUGAAAGUUUAUCAUCCACUUUGCUUCACGGAAGAGAAAUCCAUUGUUCCAAGAGUGAACUAGCUUAUUUUGAUCCUCCAUCCGGUCAAACUUGUGGUGAAUAUGUUUCUGAUUACAUUUCUGCUCGUGGUGGUUAUUUGGUUGAUCCUUCUGCUACUUCAGACUGUGGUUACUGUUCUUAUUCUGAUGCUGAUACAUAUAUUGGUAGUACUAGAAUGAUGAAGUAUAGUCAUUACUGGAGAAACUUUGGUCUUUUCUGGGUUUAUAUCCUCUUUAAUGUUGUUUCAAUGAUGGCGUUGUACUGGUUGGCUAAGGACGCUAAGUUUUCUACUCCAAAGCUAUUUCAAAAGAAACCAAAAGCUGAAAAGGAGCCAAAAGUUGAACAAAGCGAUCUUGCUUGA